CACAUGCACGACAAAACGCAGUAUUUCUUUGAAUAAGUGGGGGGAUAUUCAGACCGGCUGUGAAUAGUUCAGUUGUUUACCGGCAGUUACGAAGUGUGCGUGUUAUACUUUUGCGAUCUGUUGCUGCUAAAUUACGCAAUAUUUCGAAAUUAAAAAUGGAUGAUAGUAGUCUAGUGCUAGUUAGUGACGCAUCUGAUGGUUCGAGAAAAAGAAAACGAACUAUGUCUAAACGAGAAAGGGCAAAAGAAUGCGAACAGACAACGAUACAAAGUAUCAGAACUACUUGAAACGAGGUGCGAAAUUAGAAAAUUACCAACCUAAGCAAACUGAACUGCGCAAUAGCAUUAGAAAAAUUAAGCUUGAAAACGUUGAAACCCUAUUAAAAAAGUAUCAAGAAGACUGGGAAGAUAAUGAAACCUUCGCUUGGUACAAGAACCUACUAAAUGAAAGAAGACAUCCAACAGGAGACGAGGAAGAAACAUGCCCGGAAUCCGACGAUGUAGAUCCAGAGUUAUGUGAUUGUGCUGAGGAAGACUUUGGCUUGAAAAUAUAA